CGAAGGAAAAGAGCACGAGGCCGUCAACGCAUAACGUAUUUGGACAGAGUUAAGAAAGUUACCGGAAUCGCCAACACUGCAGAAAUCUUUGCCUGUGCUCGUAACCGUCAACGUUGGAGAGACAUGGUAGCCCAAGCAUGCAUCAUGCAUGGCACCUGAACAGAACAGUCCAUAAGCAAAAACACAAAGUUGUAAAAUCUUGAUAUAUCGUACUAAGAACAGUCAUAUACUUUAAAACAAAACACUUUAGCUUUCAGGUUAAUUAAUUCAACAAAUUAUGCAAUUUGGGAACCAUUUAAGGAACGCUGAAACAACGACAUUAUAUAUAUUGAGGGGGAAGGGGUAAGUUCGCAACAACACGCUAUUAGGAAAAGCGGUUUAAUUUUAUUGAUCUUAACAAAAUGACAUCGCUUGCUUUUACUUUAGUAAAACAUGAUAAGAUUUAUAUGGAUGCUUUGAGAAUUAUAUGAAUUGCCGUAACAAAUUUCACUUACGCACAGCAUGCAAAGCUGGAACAAAGGCAUUUUUUUCUUUAUUAUAGAUACACCUGCCUUCUAUACACAAUUAAAAGUAUUUGGAGAAAUACCUAUCAUUCAUUACUAUUCUUAAGCGUCGUUUAUUUUGUAUUUUGUAAGAACAUAAAUAGGAGGUUUCAAGAGAAAAUGUCUUUAUACUUUAUAAGUUAUAAAGAAAGAACUCGAUCAAUAAAAUAAACUCCUUAAAACUUCCACAGCGCCAACUGGAAAACUAAUUUAGAAACAAUCAACGCGACGAAUAAGACACAAAUGGAACAAAAACUACCGCCAUUUUCUGAGUGCUGCUUUGCUUUUGGGAAUUUUCAGAGAAAGAGAAAGCUCGCAUGGAGAAAACGGCUAUUGAACAUGGAGGGAAAAUCUGCAAUCUUGAAAGUAAGAAGUUGACGCAUAUUGUUGUGAAGUAUAGCGAUAAAGAGAUUCCUCAAGAUGCGUUGGAAGUGAAGAAUGUAAAAGUUGUCAAACAAGAGUUGUUUUGGGCGAGCAUUCAAGGCGAUGCGCGUGGUGGUUCGGGCUCGUCCCUUCAUAAACAGUCAACCUCUAAUACAUCGUCACUGGUUAAUCAAAAUAGUCGAAAACGACGUCGAGACACAGACGAAGUCGAUGAAAUAUUACCAGCAAAUUCUCUUAGUCACGCACCAAAAAGAAAGAACAAUGAUAUUUUAUCAGAAAAUUCAUUUCCAGCCUCUUUACCUAAGUACACUAUGACAUUUCCUGGUACACGACGUGAAGACAGUUCUCGGCUAGAAGUACAAUUAAUGUCUCAAAAUAUGAAGGUUACACCAGUAACAGCGUUUUCACCUCCUAAUGCCAAAACAGUGCGUGAACAAGUUGCCUCAGAAUUGCUACAAACUGAGCAGAACUAUGUGAAAAAAAUUGACACAAUUCUGAAUUUUAAGAGUCCUUUGGAGAAAAUAGAUGAGACGGAUGGACCAAUCUUGGAACCAGUGGAAAUUAAAACAACAUUUGGAAAUUUACCUGAUAUCAAAAAAGUUCAUCAUGAAAUAAUGGUCGAAUUGCAGAAUCUGUUACGGUUUUGGACAGAAGAUAAGUGUAUUGGAAAAGUGAUUUUGAAAUAUACUGAUGAGCUCAGGACCGUGUAUCCUAAAUACAUAAAUUUUUUUGAUAUGAGAAGAGAAUCUGUAGUGCAAUGUGACCAAAGAAAACCACGGUUUCACGCAUUUCUUGAGAUAUGUCGUAGUAAACAUGAAUGCGACCGUCAGACGUUAGCAGAACUUCUUAUCUUACCUGUUCAAAGACUUCCUAGGAUGAACCUACUUUUGAAAGAAUUGCUCAAAGAAACAAGAAAAGCAGACUUAAAUAACCCAGACAUUGCUCAUUUAGAAAAAGCAAUUGCAGCUCUGGAAAGUGUUAUUACACAUAUUAAUGAGUGUAAAAGAGAGUCUGAUGGUCAAGUUCAAAUGUUUGAAAUCAUGGGAGACAUUGAAAACUGCCCGCCAAAUAUUUUAGCUGCUCAUCGGUCUCUUGUUUUAAAAAUUGAUGGAUUCGAAAUAAGUGACGAAUUUGGUAAAAAAGCACAACCUGUAACACUGUUUUUGUUCAACGAUUGUCUUGAGGUAACCAAACGCCACAGUAAAAGCAAUGCCCUAUCUUUCCUAAAGAGAGAUUCAGAUGGUAAAAAGCCCUAUGAUCAUCUGGAGUUGAUCCCAUUGUCGCAAUUGCAAAAUAUUUUGGACAUCACAGAGCAAGACGAAAACCAUGAUCUAUUUGGAUUUAUGUAUGAGUCAAGUGAAAAGAUAAAAUCUCCAAAAUUUCGUCUCGAUGGAAUCACAAAGGAAAUCUGCUUGGACAACUUUUUCAAUGUGUUAGCUAAAGCUGGUAAAGUUGCAAACAGAGACGAGUGUAUUGUUAAAGUGGAUGCCGAUAAAUUGGGGAUAAAGAAGAGUGAUUUGUCCUUGACGAAGUCGAUAAUUCGUCGAUAAGUCAGCAUAUGUGGAACUACAUGCAGAGGCGUAACUAAAACGUUAAUUGGGGGGGGGUGCAUAUUUAUAUAUUGCGUUGUGCCCUACUGAACUUUUUUGAAAGUGAAUUGAUCAAAAGAAAUCAGUAGGGCACAACUGAUUAUAUGAAUACACACCCUCCAAUUAUCGUUGUAGAUACACCUCUGACUAUAUGUGUGUUAUGACACAACUAAUGCAUCCGAUGUAAAUCUAAGAUCAUCUGGAAUUAUACCACGAGUGGAUUUCUGUCCGAAGAGGCAAUGCUAAAUUAAACUUAUCAUGCAUUGAUGCACAUAGUCAUAAGCUUUUCUUUUAUAAAAAUAGGAACAAAUUAUGCCUAGUAUUGCAGAAAGUGGUUCUUUGUCAUGGUUUGGAUGUUUAUUAAUCGAUUUUAUUUACUAUAUUAAAGAGAAUGAUUUGA